UUGGCCUGCCUGUCCCAGCAUGGCCUCAAGCUGGGACCCCACCUCGACUUACAGUCCAUCUUCCCUGAGCCCCCUAUUAGAUCAGACCCCCACACAGGGCCGCUUUCCUUGCGUGAUGUCUUGCAACACCUCUCAUCAGAGGCCUCCAAAGGCAGAGUCUCCCCCCAAGAGGAAGAAGAAGAGAUACCUGCGUCAUGACAAGCCCCCCUACACCUACUUGGCCAUGAUCGCUCUGGUAAUUCAGGCAGCACCUUUCCGCAGGCUGAAGCUGGCCCAGAUCAUCCGUCAGGUCCAGGCAAUGUUCCCCUUCUUCAGGGACGACUACGAAGGCUGGAAGGACUCCAUCCGCCACAACCUUUCCUCUAACCGGUGCUUCCGGAAGGUGCCCAAGGACCCUGCAAAGCCCCAGGCUAAGGGCAACUUCUGGGCGGUGGACGUGAGCCUGAUCCCAGCAGAGGCGCUGCGCCUUCAGAACACUGCUCUGUGCCGGCGAUGGCAGACCCGGGGCACACGCAGAGCUUUCGUCAAGGACCUGAGCCCCUACGUGCUCCACGGCCGGCCUUACCGGCCGCCCAGCCCCCCACCACCAUCCAGGGACGGUUUCAGCAUCCAGUCCCUGCUAGCGGACCCCGGGAAAGAAUCAACAUGGCCCCAGCAGCCUGCGCUAGCUGGACAGAGCAGUUCAGCUCAGGCAGGUACCAGCUCUAAGGGGGAAGAAGAGAUGUGUACUGCGCCCCGUGACUCCACUGAGAAGCCUCUGUGGCCCCUCCGCUCCCUUCCUGGGCCCACAAGAAUAGAGGGGGAGACUUCCCAAGGGGAAGUCAUCAGGCCUUCUCUUUCCCCAGAGCAAGGCACCUGGCCAGUCCACUUACUUCAGGGUUCCCAAGAUCCCAUGGGGAUGUCCAGCAGGGGGUGCAGAGCUUCCCUGUGGGGACAGCUACCCACUUCUUACUUGCCCAUCUACACUCCCAAUGUAGUGGUGCCCUUGGCCACACUACCUCCCACCUCUUGUCCCCAGUGCCCAUCUUCAACCAGUCCAGCCUACUGGAGUGUAGGUUCUGAAUCCCAAGGAUCCCCGGACCUGCUCUGUGAUCUAGAUUCCCUCUUCCAGGGAGUACCACCCAACAAGAGCAUCUAUGAUGUGUGGGCCAGCCACCCUUGGGACCUGGCUGCUCCUGCCCCCAGCUGGAUGCUCUCCUGGUACAGCCUGUAAUAGUUCAAGGCAGGCAGGGACUGCUUCUCCCUUCUACCCCUGGCUACCAUUUUGAUGGAGAUCAGACCUAGGAGCAUGUCCACAGUAAUAGCUUUAAAACACCAGGCACGGCCUCGCUGAAACCCACAACUUUAAUUGGGCUACUCCAGAAAGGGUUUUGCCUCUGCUAGACACGACAGGUCAAGCCAAUCACUCUCCCACACACAGGGACAGGAUCUGGAGAAGCAGUGCUCAGCCUAGAGUGGGGCAUCUUCUUUUUAUCCCACUCUGUCAUGCCAUCCAUCUAGCCAUCCCUCUGUCACCGCGCCUUCCUGGCUCCAGGCUGGGGGAGGGCGAGCCAAAAGUGGGUCUAUUCUAAAGUCUUCCCCCCACCCCUCAGCUGCCUGGGUAGGAGGUAGCACCUUUUGGGGAAAGGGUUAGGAAAUGAAAUCUGGACCCUACAUGAUUUGGGGUGGUGGAAGCAGGGGAGAGAUUAACAGUAAAGGA